AUGCGAGACGAGCUGAGUUCCAGUUGGUUCCCGUACAAUUCACAGAUCGCUCGAGCGCUGCUUCGCGAUAAGCAUGUCAUGUUCAUCGGGGAUUCCUUGGUUCGUGGAAUGUACAAGGACAUGCUGGCACUAUUACAAACCGGCAAUCUAAGCCAAAUACAUGAGCUCCGUGUUAGUAACGAAGACUCGAUUCAUGGAGAUAAACAUAUCGAUUUCAUCGAGCUGGCAGCAAAUCGAGUGUUCCGUCAAGCCCGCGAAUUUCAAUCGAAUCAACACCUAAUUCAGUAUUUUUUCACAAAUCGAGCGAUGAGAGACGAUUUGGAUAAGACGUGUCUUCUGAUAGAAGCAACCGACGAACGACCAGAUGUCGUUGUGAUCAAUUCGGCAAUUUGGGAUAUUUCUCGAUAUCCAACACGAAUGACUAGGAAAUGGACAUCAGAACAUAUGGAUGAUUUAGAGGAAGAAAUCAAUGUGGCUGAUGAUUAUUUCAAUCGAAUUGUUAUGUUUUGUAGAAGAAUGCGGGUCCUGUUGCCGCCAAGUUCUACAGAGUUGGCAUCGCCGAAAAUGCAUUACAGAUUCCUCGAGCGUUGGAUUUCGAAGCCUCUUCAAAUCGAAAAAAUGCUAAUAGGAAACGAAGAAUUUGAUGGAGACAAGACAUUUCACAUUGACUAUUCGCAACUCGUUCGUCGUGAGGUUUUUGAAGACUACAAACUACCGAAUAGUCAAUGUGAAAUGUCUUGUCUCCAUCAAAUUCUUCGUUUCCUAUUAGCAUUUUUUCGAUUUGAAGAGGCUUCGAAAUCCAACGCUCGAGGAAUCUCUAAUGCAUUUUCGGCGAUGCCAAAUGAGUUAUCACGGUACUCACAAGAGGAUUUGCAGAGGAUUUCUGAGAUAGUAAAACAAUGCAGUGCAUUGAAGAGUAAUCAAUUGGGAAUUCUGAUGAAAACGACGAGUAAACGUGUUCACGAAAUGAUGGUUAAUCCAACGUCUUCACCAGAUGCUCCACCUGGAAUCAGGAUUCGAAUGGACGAUGAUGAAGAAGCGCCAAUCGAUGGGAAUGAUGAACUUGAAUAUGAAGAUGAUGAUAUGAAUAUAGUUGUGUCAUCAGAUGAAUCAGUUUAUACAUUAUCACCACCGAGAUCCAGUGGACAAGGAUCUUCUUCUGAUGGGUACUCGAACGGCUCGCCAGCAAGACCAGAACAAAACAAACGAUUCCGUUAUCAAUAG